AUGGUCCAGGGGACACUUGCCCAAAAGGGUACAGAUGGCCCAUGGAAGAUUGAGUAUCAUGAGUUUCGAGGACCGAGUUCAUCGUAUUCUGGUGAGUCUUCUUCCAUGUUUAUCCCUCAACCAAAGGAGGGUCUUAAUGAGACUGGUCCUCCACCUUUCCUCACCAAGACUUAUGAUCUAGUUGAUGAUCCAAACACAAAUGGUAUUGUUUCUUGGAGUACAGGAAACAACAGUUUUGUUGUUUGGGAUCCCCAGACUUUUGCCAUGAAUCUUCUUCCGAGGUACUUCAAGCACAACAAUUUCUCAAGUUUUGUGAGGCAGCUCAACACCUAUGGCUUUCGAAAGAUGGAGCCAGAUAGAUGGGAGUUUGCUAAUGAAGGGUUUUUAAGAGGGCAAAGGCAACUGCUGAAGAACAUUAGGAGGAGAAAUGCAUCUUCUCAUCCUCAGACUUCCCACCAGGGCCUAGACCAUUGUGUCGAAUUGGGUCGAUUCGGAUUGGAUUCAGAAAUUGAUCGGUUGAGGCGUGACAAACAGGUUUUAAUGUUGGAGCUGGUGAAACUUAGACAGCAACAACAGAGUACUAAAGAUUACCUCAAAGCAUUAGAAGAAAGACUAGAAGGAACAGAGAUGAAACAGCGACAGAUGACGAGUUUCUUGGCCAAAGCAAUACAGAAUCGUAGUUUUGUACAGAAAUUAGUACAACAUAAGGACAGAAGGAAAGAAAUUGGGGCAGUAAUUGGUAAGAAGAGGGGGCGGUCUAUCGAUCAAGGUCCUAGUAAUGUUGCAGUAAGCAAAUUAGGCCAUGGUAGGGAGGGAGAAUUUUAUGUUAAAAUCGACGAUCUGGAGCUGAAGGCUCUUGCUAUGGACAUUCAAGGACUAGAGGGAAGUGGAACUUCAAUGAACAUAGAGGAAGAAUAUGCAGAUAAAGAAGAAAAGCAUCAUCUUGGAGAUCAUAGAGUUGUUGAUGUGGGGUUCUGGGAAGAUUUUUUGAAUGAGGAGAUUGAAGAUGAAUUGGAUUUACUUGGUUUUGAAAGAGAAGAUAUAGAUGUGUUGGCUCAGCAGGUUGGUUUCUUGGGUUCCACCACAAUAUAG